AUGUCGGAUGUGUCGAACUCCUUCUCAGCUUGGGAGACCCUGCCGGAGGACGAACCUCCGCUGUGCAUCGCAGUUCGACGCCCAGUGUCACCUCCACGCCACUAUGAGGCGAAGAUUAACAAGACCGUGUUGUUGUAUAAAAAAGGAGAUCCACAUGAAAUCGGCAACUAUCGCGCAAUCUGCUUACUGUCCGUCAUCUACAAACUCUUUACAAGAGUGAUCCUUAAUAGGAUUGAAAAAGUCUUGGAUGAAGGACAGCCAUGCGAGCAAGCAGGGUUUCGAAAAGGAUUCAGCACGAUUGACCACAAUCACACUGUUUCGGAACUCAUCAAGGUAUCACGAGACUACAAGAUGUCGCUCUGUCCUACCUUCAUCGACUUGAAGAAGGCCUUCGACUCAGUUGAGACGGAAGCGGUCGUGGAAGCCUUGAACAAGCAAGGCGUCCCUACUCAGUACAUAAAGGUACUUCGAGAAUUGUACAGUAACUUCACGACCGGAAUUUCGCCAUUCUACAAGAAUACCAUCAUUGACGUGAAGAGGGAAGUCCGACAGGGUGAUACAAUCUCACCCAAAAUAUUCACAGUUACCUUCGAGAACGCAAUGCGAAAAUUAGAAUGGGACGACAUGGGAGUGAAGAUUGAUGGAUGGCAGUUACACCAUUGCGCUUUGCUGAUGACAUCGUACUGA